AUGUCGCUCCCGAGAACGCCCCCCACCUCCUUAACCUCCGUGUCAUCCCCGGAAGGGAGAAAGUUAAAACCGACUGUGGCCAAGGGGGAGACAGGAGGCCUUCCUGAGCUCAGGGGGAAGAGGAGCAUGCUGGGGCGUCCCAGCGCCCUGCCCGCAGGCCUCCACAACGAGUCCAUCCCGGAGGAGGUGCUGCUGUCGCUGGCCUACGCGGCCGACGCUGGGCCCUGCCCUGAGUACUUACUGCCUCUGAAGAAGGGAAAAACCCCCAAGGGCACACUUCCACGCCCUGUAGACCACGUCUGGCAUCACCCUGUUCGAAGGGAUAAAUUCAGAUACCUCAUUGACCAUCCCGUGUCCCUCACAGGAGCUGGAAGGGACAUUUCUUUUCUGUAUGAUAUUAAACACGCGGAAGGCAAGGUGCAGGAGAAUGCACUUUGCCCCCCGGUUCAGGACCGGUCACCACCAUCCCAUGAUGGCGUCAUUGUGCCCCAUAAGCCAAAGACCCUAAUGGAUACUUUGGUUCCUGAAGAAUUCCAUAUUGUGUCAAGCACAGGAGUCUCAGGUUUGGAGUGUUACGAUGACAAAUACACCACUCUCCUUACUGAUAGUGAAAACAGGCUGUUGCUCUUCCCAUCCAUGAAACCAAAUAAAAGAGUAGAAGUGGUCCAGCUCAGUGAUGUGAUGGACGCUAUGUUGGAGAGGGCUACUGUGGAAAACCAAGAGUAUGCAGGACCAACCAAGAUGCAUCAGCUGCUGCACAUGCUCAGAAAGGAACAGUCCAUCUACAAUACCGUAUUUCAUGAACUUAUCCGGCAAGUCAGUGUGGACUGUGUGGAUAGAGGAGAGCUGUUGUCCAAAAUAAGAGAGAGGUACGUGCAAAUGCUUGACCAGAUUGCCCGGCAGAUGGUUGAGUUCUACAAGGACUUGGUGACACAGCGCGUGAUGGACCAGCGCAUCUUACAGGAAUUAUAUAAUUUCAAGAACGUUAUUGAGGAACUGACCAGGGAAUUGUGUCUAGUUCGGGCACAUGACAUGAAGCUAACAAAGGAAGCAGAGAAGGCCCAUAAGGAUUUGGCUCAAGCUCUUCUGGAUGCUGAAAAGAAUGCCAAAAUCGUAGAAGAAUACCACGAAUUAUAUUCAUUGCAGAGAGGAAGGAUGGAGAGUGAUAUUACACAAUUAAUGGCAGAAAGAGACCACUGGAGCUCAGCCACCCACGAGCUGGCCCUGAAGGUAAUUGAAAGAAAUAAAGUCAUAUUGGCACAAAGACUUUACCUCAAUGAAAAAGCCUGGAACAAGUACACUAAGCAUUUCAUCAUACUGCUCUCAGCCAAGGAUACAGCAGACCUUGCAAUGCUGCAGAAGUUGACACAGAAAUGGCGGAACUUAAUGAAUAAGUUUAAACAGGAGGUGGAGCAAACUGAAGAAUGUACCUUGGAGAAACUGAAAAUUGUCCAGAAUGGCGUUAUCAAAUGGCAUCAAGUCUUGGUUGAUAAUCCCGGGAAAGAUAUUCUGCCCCAUAAUAAGAAAAAUGUAUUAGAAUUAGUUCUUCUGGAAUUCAAGCAGUGGCAAAAGAUGCUGACAGAGGAGAAAGCACGGAUUUCCGGGGAAAUGGUAGUGUCAAGACACGAUAAUAUCAAGAUUAUCAGGCAUUUACAGGAAAACUGGGCAGAUGUUGGCCUUGGGAUAUUCAGUCGCCAUAGAAGCCUGGAAGGGGAGCUGCCCCCGGAGCAACAGUACAUGGAGGAAAUCCUGAAAAACAUAGACAAACUCUACAAAGACUACGAAAGCAGAAUCAAUGGAGAACACGGGGCCCCUAAAGUGGUUCCAAGUGUGAUUAGCGCUCUUGAAUUCUGUGCUUUCAAGUUGGAAAACAUCCUGGAGUUUCCUGAAACGUAUUUUGAGGAAUGGGUGGUAAUCAAUAGAAAAAUGAAUGAAAUGAGAUCUCAGUUGGAAGCACUGAUGAACAGUGUUGGUGCUGCUUCUCAACUCGUGGAUACGGAUUCUGGCUCGGGCCUCCAAGCACACAUAUACAGCAUGAUUCAGCAAUGGCUUUUGAAGAUAAGCAAUGAAAUUAACAAUGGAAACAUUGAGCUUCAGCGUCAUACAACAAGAGUUGAGGAACAGAUAUGUUGUUGUAAAGGGGUGGCAACAGCAAUGGCUCUGAGUAAGGCAACUCACUCAGACAAAAAUCCUGCCAAGGAACUCGAGGAUCUGGAUAAGAUGAAGAGAGAAUGUUAUGAGUGGAUCAAUACCUGCUCUCACCUCGUGUCUGAUCUCAAAGGCAGAACUAUAAAAUUGCUGACACACGAAGAGCUGCUGCAGCUCCUUGGAGAAGAGGAAGUUGCGAAAGAAUUGAGGGAGUCUGAAAUGAGUAAAGAUGUUAAAAAGGCAAAAGAAGAUAAGGAAAAGAAGAAACAUCAGGAGAAAAAAGAAGAGGAGAAAAAAGAAGAGGAGAAAGCAGAAGAGGAGCCUUCAACAUCUACAGAGAAGGAACAGAUCAUUCGAUCCAUUGGAGAAGAUGAAAAUGUUCAUUCCAAACCUCUCUUCGGAGCAGACAUGCUGUCAUCCUGGAGAGAAUCAGCAAAGCAAGGGACGCUGGCCCAGAAGUAUCUUGAAGCAAUGGCUGUCAUUGAACACUUGCAGGAGAAGGUCAUGGAGGUUGAAAGCAGAGCCAGACUGGCAGAGGACAAGUUUGAGGAUGUCAACGAGCAACUUCAUUACACCCUGAUCAGGAACAAGGAUCUGGAGAAGGAGUUGGAGGAAAUGGUCAUGAAGACUAGAAAGAAGGAGACCGAGGGCGAAGAGGACAAUGAAAGGGACAAGGAGGAGGGCAAGGAAGAUGAGGCCGAAGAAAAGGAAGAGGAGGAGAUCAAGCCAGCCGAAAGCGCCUCAAAACCACUGAAAAAAGAAGCAUCCCGCAAGGAGGUGACUGGUGUCACAAAAUCCAAAAGCCGCGUUAGAUAUACCAAGACCAAACCCAAGUAG